CCCUGUCACCUCAGCGGAGACGCAGGCGGAUGCGCGCACACACGGGGGUGCGGACUGGCAGCAACACGCUGUAGGAGGGAAGACGGACGAGCCUCGCACCCGCAGCACCGAGCAGCAGGAGGAGGAGGAGGCGCAGGAGUCGCCUGCAGGAAUCCAGUUGAAAAGUCCGCGGAUGAGAAAUGCGCUGAGAGGAAACCGGACUGGAGUCGCGCUUUCACCAAAGAUCAGCUGACGGCGCGGAGACCACCGAGGGGGGGAAACCAGGGGGGGAAACCCAGCUUCGGACAAGUUGUGAUUUGGAAAUCCUUCCGGAGAUGAAUACCAACGAUGCCAAGGAGUAUCUGGCGCGGCGGGAGAUACCACAACUGUUUGAGAGCCUGCUGACAGGUCUGAUGUACUACCGGCCCGAUGACCCCAUCGAGUACCUGGAAGGCUGCCUGAGCAAAGCCCGGGAGCUGGGGGGGCCGGACAAGGUGCGGUGGGACACCUUCGUGGGUCAGGAGAAGAAGCCGCUCCCUCCCCUCAAUGGAGGCCAGACACGCAGGUCUCUCUUCAGGACUGUGCUGCCCGACAGCCCCAGUUUUCCCUACAGAAGGUACGACCGCCUGCCGCCCAUCAGCCAGUUCUCCAUCGAGAGCGACUCGGACCUGUCGGAGACGGCGGAGCUCAUAGAGGAGUACGAGGUGUUUGAUCCGUGCAGGCCGAGACCCAAAGUCAUCCUCAUCAUUGGUGGCCCCGGCAGUGGCAAGGGAACACAGAGCCUGAAGAUCGCCGAGCGCUACGGCUUCCAGUACAUGUCCGUGGGCGAGCUGCUGAGGAAGAAGAUGAUCCACAACGCCACCAGCAACAGGAAGUGGAGCCUGAUCGCCAAAAUCAUCACCAACGGAGAGCUGGCACCACAGGAGACCACAAUAACCGAGAUCAAGCAGAAGAUUAUGAAGAUCCCAGAUGCUAAGGGGAUCGUCAUUGAUGGCUUCCCGCGUGACGUCGGCCAGGCCCUCUCCUUUGAGGACCAAAUCUGCACCCCGGACCUGGUGGUGUUCCUGGCCUGCACCAACCACCGUUUGAAGGAGAGGUUGCAGAAACGGGCGGAGCAGCAGGGGCGACCUGACGACAACCCCAAGGCCAUCGACCGGCGCCUGACCAACUUCAAACAGAACACCAUUCCUCUGGUCAAGUACUUCCAGGAGCGGGGCCUCAUUAUCACGCUGGACGCUGAUCGAGAUGAGGAGGAAGUCUUCUGUGACAUCAGCACGACUGUGGACAACAAGCUGUUUCCCUCCAAAGAGCCUGCAGCUGGUCCAAGUGAGCUGGAUAUCAGUCUGUUGGGUGAAAUGAGCAGCCUGGCAGAUGUCGUGUGCAAGGAUGACAAGGUUGAAGAGGAGGGAGGAAUUGGGUGUGCUGAAGGAACUACGGAAAGUUAUUGCACAGAACUGAAGAAACCAAAGGUCAUUUUCAUGAUGGGUGGCCCGAGCUCAGGUAAGACCGUCCAGUGUGAGCGGAUGGAGGAGAGGUUCGGCCUACGUCGCGUAGCCCCAGGCGACUUGUUGUGCAGCGAGCUGCAGGGUCGCAGCGAAAGAGGGCGCCACCUGCUGGAGCUGCUGGAGAGAGGCGAGAAGCUGCCUGAGGAAACAGUGCUGGAGCUGCUGUGCGAUGCCGUGGCGUCUUCGGUACGGCAGGGAAAAGGUCUGGUCGUCAGCGGCUUCCCCAGAGACUUGCGGCAGGCGGAGGAGUACGAGGCCAAGAUGGGAGAUCCCAGUGUUGUGCUCCUGCUGAACUGCUCGCUGGACACCAUGUCCGGCCGAGGGUCGUGUCGGAGCAGGUCCUCCUCCAGCCUCCGUCCCAACUCAGACAGAGAGAGCGCCGUGCACAGGAAGGCCGAGAGCUUCUACAGCGACAGCCAGGCGGCCGCGGCUCACUACGAACACAAGAAGCUUCUGCACACGAUCGAUGCCGAGAGGUCACCAGAUGACGUGUUCGCCCAGAUCUGCCAGUCGCUGGAGUCCUGUCCCAGCUUCUGAUUUCUACCAUUUACACCCCCCACCUGUGACGACUUUUAUUUUCUCUCUCAUCCCCCCCACGGAUAACAGUCCAUGUUACCUCACACCCUCGAACUCAUCGAACUUCAGUGGCGUGCAUGUUUCACCUGCAGUAGAACCUCCUUCUGCUUCUAAACUGACAAAGCAUCCAGUGGUCAGAUUCUGCGUCACCUUCGUGCAUCACACCCCCCUACCCCAACCCCCCUCUUACAUCAACCAAUAUAUGCUGCCAACUGCCGAUGAAGCGCAGAACUGUGCGGAUAAGACUGGGAGCGUUGGGAAUCGUCCACGGAGGAGCCGAGCUGGGCGUUCUUGCCAUGCCAAGAAAGCGGAAAUGUCCGUGUUCAAGCUUUCAUGCACAGCACCCGCGCUUCAUAUUGUAAAAAGCAUGCAAGACAGUUAAGCUUAAACUUCUUUUUUCUUUUUGCAUUAGCUAAUAAGCAAACGCAAGGGAUAAAGCUGCACAAACACACACACACACACACACACACACACACACACACACACACACACACACACACACACACACAUACACAUACACACACA